UAAAUUUUUCAGCCUAAAAACUCAAUUUCUGAGAUUAUGAAAUUAAAAAGCCAACACAAACCUCAUCUGAAUGCAAUUGGAGUUCCAGUCCUUGUUCCUCUAGAAAUUUCAUGAAUUUUUCAACGGUGGUAUAAUUUUCAGAAUCCUUGAUUUUACUCUCAAAAACUAUAACGUAAUCGAUUCGUUUUUCGUCCAUUUUUUGUAAAAUAUUUUGAUAAAACUGUGACAGAUUUACUAUGACAACAAUCUGAACUGUCAACAAUUCGAAUAAUGGCUUUAGACAAGAAAGACAGUGUUUUUUCGGCCCAAGAAGGCCCCCUGAUACACCGUUACGACUACGUCAUAAUCCUCGAUAGAAACAUCAAACAGUCUCAAUUUUUCAACGAUGUGGUGAAAUAUCUCAACUAUUUACAAGGCCGUGGAGUAAUAUUGGAAUUACGACACGGAAAUACGAUCAAACAAAAUCUCUACGUCCUGCUUCACAUCACAGACGAGUCUGUGAAAAAUUUUGCGAGUAUUUAUGACAUCAACGUGGAAGACGCCGGUCAUCACUAUAUACACAUUUCUUCAAUCAAUUUGAGGAUGACCCAAACUCCGCUCUCGCUAAAUAAUGACAUUUUUGAACGGAAAAGUGUCAUUGCGACCAAUGCCGAACGGAUUUUGGUACUGUAUGGGAUGUUGUCGGAGGCGAGGUUUGGUGAUAACGACGAGGAUAACAAAUAUGGGUGUAAUAAACUGAUAAAUAUGGGUGCUGUUAAAGAUGUCUUUCCAUUACAUGACGGCCCAUAUGAGAUAAGAGGGGAGAUGAAAGACGAGGAAAUGAACGACAGACAAUUGUUGCUGAAAUACUGGGCGAACUUCUCCUUGUGGUACAAAGAGCAGCCCCUAAACCUUAUCGAAAAAUACUAUGGAUCCGAAGUUGCAUUCUACUUUGCUUGGCUUGGCUUUUACAACAUAAUGCUAAUUCCUGCCGCUAUUGUCGGCGUAGUUUGUUUCAUCGUCAGCGUAAUUAACGUAAAAAGUGUACGGUACGAUACAGUAGACGAUAUUUGCUCAAGCGAACUGAAAAUGUGUCCAAGAUGCUCGUUUGGACACAGCUGUGUGUCGCAACCGCUGAAACUGGAAUGCGAAGCUGCGACAGUGUUUGCGGUUUUUGAUAACUACAUGACGAUCUUUUUUGCAGUGUUUAUGUCUUUUUGGGCAACUUUGUUUACGAAUUUGUGGAAGCGAUUCGAAAGUGUUCUAAAAAUUAGAUGGAACGUCACUACUUCUACUAUCGUUGCUAAAACACAGACAAGAUUGCCAUAUAAAGAAAAAGCCACUCAUAAAAGAAUAUCUCCAAUUACCGGAAAACUUGAGCAUUACACACCCACCGGAAUCCAAAUUGCUUAUUACACACUGUCUUUUGGGACCUGCUUACUCUUAGUAGGUGUUGUGCUUUUGGCAGUACUUGGUGUAAUUUUCUACAGAAUAGUAAUGGCAGCUUUGAUCGUAAUGAGCGAUUCUUUGUUUUUACACCGUUAUACAGCAUUUAUUGAAGCUUGCUCGAGCUCACUACUGCAGGUUAUCUUUAUCAAAAUAUACGGAAAGUUUUAUGCACCCCUUUCCGAAUGGUUAACAAACAUGGAAAAUCCGAGGACGCAGUUCGAGUUUGAUAAUUCAGUCGUACACAAACGAUAUAUUCUGGGUUUUGCCAAUAAUUACGCUGCAUUGUUCUACAUGGCUUUCAUAAAAAGUCGGUUUUACUCACCUUCUCACACAGGAGUAAUCAGUUUGAAAACCGAUCUUUGCCCUUCGAGCGGUUGUGUGAUGCCUCUAUGUGUCCAACUUUUCGUUUUGAUGCUUUUGAAAUCAAUGGCUGGGAAUAUUUUAACACUUGUGGUUCCAAUUAUUACUAAACGGUUCACAAAGACUGUGGUGAGGAACGCAGCUGCUCCACACUGGGAACAAGAGUUCGGUUUGUAUCCGGCUGGUCGAUAUUUACUAACCACCGAAUUUAUGGAAAUGAUUAUUCAGUACGGUUUUGUCACGUUUUUCGUGGCAGCUUUUCCUCUUGCACCACUCUGCGCUUUGAUAAAUAAUUGCAUGGAAUUGCGUUUGGACGCUUUUAAGUUAGUAACAAGACAUAGAAGACCAGUGCCGAAAAAAGUGUCCGGGAUUGGUCCUUGGAAAUACAUUUUGGAAACCAUUACACACUUGAGUGUUGCCACCAAUGCUUUUGUUUUAUCCUUCACUACUGAUGUUGUGCCAAGAGAGAUUUACCGAUUUCGACAUAAAACCUUGAAAGGUUACGUUGAAUCAACUUUGUCCAUUUACGACAUGAAAGACAAUACAAGACUCGACGACAAUGACCUGAAAGAAAUGUUUGUGGACAGCAAUUCCACUUGGUGCUAUUACAGGGCCUCCCGUUACCCCCCAGACCACCCAAAAAAAUAUAAACUGACAAAUGCAUUUUGGUACGAAAUUGGAGUACGACUGUUGUGUGUUAUUGUUUUCGAGCAUGUCAUAAUGUUGACCAAUGGCAUUUUGGCAUAUUUCAUACCUCCAGUUCCAAACAAAAUCAAACGCUCAGUUUAUAACGAAAAUAGGAAACAUCGGAAUGAAAUUUUGAACACAAUGCAUGAGAAAGUCAAUAUUUUGCGUCGGAAGAACGAAAAACCCAAAACCAGAAUUAUAAGGGAAGAGUGAAUUAGUGCUUUGUUGUUAAUUUUUAUGAAUAAAAAUUAUUGAUUUAACCAUUGUUAGACAAGGAUGCACUUAUGCCACAUAUCGUGAAACAAACACAGAUGGAAAAUAACAAACUAGUCUAGUUCUUAAAAUGUUUAUUUGGUUGACCAUCUUACACAAUUUAAUAAACUUAGAAUUACGUUAGAUCGAAAAUAUGUAAUUUCUUCUUUUCCUGCUCCUUCAAGUAGGUUUCUUGCAAAGCUUUCAAUUUAAUUGCCUUGAACUGAUCUCUCUGGUAAUUUAUAUGUUCCUUAACCGAAAAUGGGAUAUCAGGGAUGAUAUAGGCUAUUAUUCCUGUUAUCAGCAUCACAAUGUGCUUAAAAUAAAAUAAAAAUUAUUUAAAUGGCAAUAAAAAUCUAAUAUAAUUACUUCAAAAACAACUACUGCAAGAAAUCGUAUUGUUAGAAUAUACCAGUGUUCUUCAGUCAACUCGUACUUGCUUGGAUGAUCCGGAGGAUACCUUCUUCCAGGGUAA